CACACCUCUUGGACUGAAGCAAGGUCCAUUUUUAUAAUAAUUGUCAUCGGUUGGGGUCACACAGAAUCCACCUAAAAAAAAAUGAACAAUCAAUAUUUUCGCUAUGAAGUCCUUGCCUGUGAGACUGGUGAGCUGAAAAUCUUCUGGGAAAAGACCAUUGAGAAGCAAACUCAACAUUCGAAAGCCGAGAAAGACCGUUUACAGAGAAGUGCAUUGACCAAACUCAGAAACGAAUGGAAAGCAAUGCUGGAAAAAAGAUUAAAAAUGAUAAAAGAACAUGAAGGAAAGAAAGAAGUCCCUCAAUGAAGAAAAAGCACCGGCUUA